AUGUGGUGGCUAUUCCGCCAUUUCAGAUUCGUCCUUUUCGCUGCUUCCAUGGAGAUUGUCACAACUAAUGAUCAAUGCAGGACCGAAGUUAAUAUACAAGGAAUGGCUCUCAAGCGUUCUGUCUUCAAAAGAUGGUCACUGGCGGCUCCUCACCUCUGCGAUGUCAAAUGUGGACUAGAGAUUUCGUGCCAAAGCUAUAACUACAAUCCAAAAUACCAAAUAUGUGAACUUAAUAACCGCACCAAGGAGGCGAAACCAGAGAAUUUCCUUUCAGCACCCGCGUGGUUUUACAUUCGGCGAUUGAACGGCAGAGGUAAGAAAUCAAAGUCUUUCUAUCUAUGUGAUUUCUUUUAAAUCUUAUCCAUCCUCAGCCUGGUUCCUUCGCACGUAGAAGAACUAAGAAUAGGAGCCGAGCGUAAAACAUAUCUUUACUGCAGCUCCCCUAGGUUCUAUCCCUGAAUCAACGGCGCUGUCUUGUCACGAAAUAAAGGCGAGUGAAGGUAAACACACUAUUAGCGGCAAGUACUGGCUGGAUCCAACUGGGAAAGGAAAGGCAAAACUGAUUUACUGUGAUAUGGUUAACGAAGGUAGGUCCUAUAACUUUGCUUGAGAUAUUUUACUUUGUAACGAGUUAUCAGUGUCAUGAAAUUAUCAUUAAUUAUACCAUUAUUAAUAUCAUUAUCGUAAUAUUUGGUUUGGAUCAGUUCUAGUGUGGAUGCCUCUCUCAAGUUGCUCCAACUUACUCAUUACUUCUCUUUCAACAUUUUAGAUAUGGAUGAAUGUAAAUUUAACAUCAGUGACUGCGACGUGAGUGCAAACUGUACUAACACAUAUGGUUCUUACAAAUGCACAUGUAAAGUGGGAUACAUCGGCGAUGGACGCUCAUGUACAGGUAAUUUUGAAGAUGACCUUAUUGAUAUUUCCCACUAAAACUAAUAUUUUUUAAUCGUCUCAUAGUUUUAAACAGCGUUAGCCAUGCAUGUUUAUGCACAGAGUUACCAUGAUCUACACUCUGGCUUGUUUCAGAGCCGUCAGCUUGCUAAUUAAAAUAUUUGUGCUGAAAUAUAAUUUCACAAUAUCUAAUUCAUGUAGCACAAGAAGGGAAACAUUUGUUUCAUAAUUUGUAAUGAUUAAAGGAAUUAGACGACUAUGAGUCAUAAAAAUGAUAAAGUGCAAAAUGUAUUUAUGGUUUCUCAGAUAUUGACGAGUGUAAAGGAAAUCACUCUUGUCACGUGAAUGCUACCUGCACGAACACCAAAGGAUCGUAUGUUUGUAGUUGUCACCCCGGAUAUACUGGAAAUGGACGGGACUGCACAGGUACUUAAUGCGUUUCUAUCGUAACCAUUCCCAUUGGAACGAAAAACGCUUUCAUCUUUGCAAGACUUGUUUUACCAGCAUACCUUGUAUAAAAAAGAGAUGAAUGUAGGCCUGAAGACGAUGGUAAUAAUAAUACAUUUGAACUUAGGGGAACCGAGAAAAAACUCUUGUGAGUGGUAAUGUGAAGUGCUUCAGUCUAGAACCACAAGACAAAAAGACUAAGAUUUGCUCGGCAACUUUUUCCCAAUUACAAUUCUUUUUUUAUGUUUAUGAUUUUACAGAUAUUGACGAGUGUAAAGGAAAUAACUCUUGUCACGUGAAUGCUACAUGCAAGAACAUCCUUGGUUCACAUGUAUGUCAAUGUCACGCUGGAUAUACUGGAAAUGGACAAAACUGCUCAGGUGAAAUUAAUCUCGUCGUUACAAUAUUUAGAAUAGUCUUGCAUGACACGUUCAACUACAGUGCCGCACCAUUCAGCCGCGUUGCAAGACAAUUAGAUAAUUUAUCACUAAGAAACUCGGCCAUUUUGUCCUCAUUCAAUACAUAGAGAAUAAUACAUGGGAUCGGGUUGAUUUGGAGUUUCUCUUCGAGCGUUCAACUCACUAUCUCAUAACUGCAAGCAACCAUGUAUUCUUUUGUUUAUCAUAUAAAUACAAUAGACCUUUACUGAGAAGAGAAGUAGACUUUUUUGAAGAAUGUAAUUAUAGGUUUCACAAUCCACGAAGAAAGUCUGCCAAGGAAGGCUACCAAGGCGAAUCUUUAACGAGUGAUAUCCGGAGAGAUUCCGCUGCAGUGGAAGUUUUGGUUCAGUCUAACAAUUAAUUUGUCACAAUGAUUACCAAAUAUAUGCUUUUUCACCUCAUAAGAGUUAAAAAAAACAACGAAUGUUUAUAUCACUCGUGUAGAAUUUUUCUUUUCUUUCCCACCUUUUCUUUAGACAUCGAUGAAUGCCAAAAAAAUAAUCACGAUUGUCACCUGAACGCUACUUGUCAAAACACAAAUGGAUCCUUUGUGUGCACCUGUGUAUUUGGAUUUAACGGAGAUGGACGGAACUGCACAGGUAAAGGCCUUUAGAUUGUAAUUGCCUCGUUAUGACUUUAAGAAGUGUUAGUUUGCUCGUGUUUGUUUUUUUGUAUGUUUUUUUAAUUUUUACUUUCCUUCUUGGUUUGUUUGUUUGUUUGCUUGUUUGUUUUGAUAAAGUAGUUACCCUUGCCUUAAUAUUUUUCAUCAAUGGUAGAAAAUGAAAAUCCUUAAUCCCACUUGAAAGCAAGACCACAAAAUGCUGAACAUUCUCGCUGACCAGCUUUCUCUUUCAUAAAAUAAAGCGACCAGCAACUCUCUAACGAUAAUUAUCGCACUCAGUGUUCAAAAUAAGAAGGUGUAUACAUGUAUCAUAAACCAAGAAUUGUGAUUGAAAGCCAGUAAUUUCUCAGACAUAGACGAAUGUGCAAGAAAUCUUUCUUGUCAUGUGAAUUUUAACUGUACGAACACCACUGGAUCGCAUGUAUGUACAUGCCUCACUGGAUACACUUGAGAUGGACGAACUUGCUCAGGUGAUUUUAAUAAUUUUCCUUCAAUCCCAGCUAUUCAAAGCGAAAAGUAAUCUAAAACGUCCUUUUAACUCAUAUUAUGGUACCAGAAGUAGUCAAACAUUCAUCCUAAAAUGUAGUUCUACUCCAUAAUUCACCCUCAUCAGAAAUGGUGGAUUAUUUUAUUUAUUCCUAAAUCUUUUGAGACUAGGUUUGCAGUACUUUGUUGUUUCUUGAAAUAUUCCUCGCCAAUGUUAAAAAGAAAGGUCACCGCGCUUGUUUAAGAGAAAUGGCGGGCCAAACUUACCCCAUUUAUGCUUCUACAAGCAAUUUUUCACGCGCCUCAUUUCACGGUACAUUUUUCGGUAGCUGGAAGCAAGGGUUUUCAAGGUAAAAAAUUGAGAUAAAAACUUGAAAGGUACAAAUUCUCGAACGUAGGGAACAACGUUUUUAUAUGAUAUGUGGAAAAAAAUCAGGUAGUUUUAAUCGACAUGGACUCAAACGUUCCUCGAGUAGUUGUUUUCAAGGUUAUAAUUUGCAUCAUCAAGUAACGUGCUUUAAACUAUAUAUUUUUUUUGCCCUCGAUCAUUUUUAAAAAUUUUUCCAAUUUAAAGGGGAUAAUUUGUACGAAGAAUAGAGGUCACUUUUUUAGUUCAAGAGCUAACGAGAAUCGUGCCUCUUUGCAUGGUUCAUUUAUUAAAAUACAAUACUGUGUUGAUGGAAUUAUCCGCCCGAUUACGAGAUUUUUGUGCGCAGUACGGGAUGCCCAGUGCAAUACUGAGGAACCUCCUUUAGACUGAUAGCUAUCAAUUUGUUUCGCUCAUUUCCAUAAUUAAUGAAAACAAGGAAGCAGGCAAGACGACGUUAUCGUAUUUAAUGAAGACGAAUACCACUGUUAUAUAGUUCAGUGCUUGGGCGAUGGAGAUCCACUGACUGCUAGGGAGACUGGGGAAGAAAUGUCAAAUGAGUCACUAGAAAUGGAAGAUGAAGAUAUUCAGAGAGAUACAAGGAGUUCAACCACAAGAUCAGGAAGAAAGUAAAGGCGUCCAAAAGAAUCAUCGUAGUCAUUUUACGACUAACUUGAAACACAAGAAACCCUCGGCAGCAGCAUCCAUUACUCUCACCUGGAUGGAAUACAAGUCCACGACGUAAGCACUUGAUCACGGUACAUCUACCCAGCUUGUGUGCAGGUGAAAUGGUUGUAAUGGUUCACAAUAUAAACAGUGUCCUAACUUAGGGUUAGGGUUUAGUUUGUUUAGGAUUCCCUGUGACUGCGGUAAAGUCAUCGGCAAGACAGGAAGACCCAUGCAGGAUUUAAUUAGGGAGCAUGAUCGAGAAAUCCGACUAGCCCAUACCCAGACCUCCGCCGUUUCAGAGCACGACUACAACACCGGACAUUCGCCACUCUGGAACGAAGUUACGUUUAUUGAUCGUGAUCCUCAUUCCUUCACACGUAGGGUCAAAGAGUCAAUUCACAUGAGAAUUCACUCUGAUAACAUCGAUAGGGACGGUGAAAUUGAAAUUCCAGAAGCAUGGAUGCCCACGAUCCGCAAGAAACACAACAACAGGAGAGCUGUGCGACAACGGACCGCCGAGGGAACAAAUCAACGAAACAGGGAGGAAACGCCCCAGGAAAAAUGUGUUUUUCUUUAUCAGGUACCCAAACAUAUCACACUCAACGACGUCAUCAUGGUAACUGGCAUUAUAGGGAUACGAACCACAAGAAUUAACGGGAUACGGAAUGUUUUGACCAAAAAGUAAUGGGAUACGGGAUACUCAGACCCCUAAUGGGGCCUCUUUCCUUUAGGAUUCUUUCCUUUAGGAAAUUUCUUGAAAGUUAUGCUGCGUGUGGGGUUUGCAUAACUUUCUCAAAUUCUCCCAACCUCCUCUCGUGUUCAGACGAGAGUAUGUUGACACGGAAAAAAGGCUCUCCAUUGCUUAAGCAGUAAUCGGCUCCAACACAGUUGUCCAGGCAUAUCUGCUCAGUUCGAGGAAAAACUAUUUACUACACUACAAUUCCCACUACGACACAGCAAACUUUUUCACAGUCAAGUAAUUCUAGCCUUAGGCAAUUUUUGCGGGAGCAUUUAUUAACAAGUCUACUGGAUUGUCAGUCCUAUUCACCCAACCACUGCUCCGUCUGCUCCUCCAGAUGUCUGAAGCCCCUUUUGUCUCUCUUGUUUUCCUAUCCAUCUGCCUGACUAAGGGGCUGGCUGUCCUGCCGUGUAUUCUUUUUACUCAACUCACAUUAUUUUGUUCAAAAUCAACUCAUCAUUUAUAUGCUGGUUAUUUUCCCAACAGUAAGAUGGAUACAGAUGACACCAUCUACAGUUUGCUUUGGGGAAAGAGAUGAUUCGUAUGGUUUCUUUAGAACUGCCAAAGUGGGUAACAUCAUCACAUUCAAAUUAACGCACAAAUCCGGUUACGUGACCUGUCAUUCAUCGAACCCGAGCUAUCAAUCCAAAUGGGGAUGCCUUUGGAACCGUCUCCUUCCCAACCAAAUGGCCACGUUGAUAACUGACAAAACCGUAAUCUUCUUCUCCCAAAGAGUGAUUUCCUAUCAGAUUAUUGGGGCUGCAAGUUUUACAGCCUGCCUUGGGCCACGACCGAAUCGCCACAACUGCUCUUUGAUAAUUUCUCUACCCCACUGACGGUGGAAACGAACCAAGAAUUCCAAAUCUGGUACAGUGAGGACUUGUUCAAAUGGGGUUAUGGCAAUAAUGGGUACGAGAAAACGUGUGUUGCAGUGUAUGGUUUGUAUGUUUGAGUAGUCGCCCAAAUUACAAAGUAAAUUGAAGAAGAGAAAUUGAAACGAACCAGGAAUUCCAAAUCUGGUACAGUGAGGACUUGUUCAAAUGAGGUUAUGGCGAUAAUGGGUACGAGAAAACGUGUGUUGCAGUGUAUGGUUUGUAUCUUUGAGUAGUCGCCCAAAUUACAAAGUAAAUUGAAGAAGAGAGUGCCAAAAUUGUUGUUCACGCCUUUAUUACUUCAGUAUUAGAUAGCUGUAACUCACUACUAUAUGGUCUACCUAAGCAUCUACUUUCAAGGUCGCAAUCUGUUUUAAAUACAGCAGCUCGAAUUGUUACACGCACUAGGAUGUUGAUCGUAUGACCCCAAUCCUAAAAAAAAAGCUUCACUGGCUUCCUGUCCGUCACUGUAUAGUUUACAAAAUUCUUUCAUUGGUCUACAAAGCUAUCAAUGGAGCAGUGCCUUGCUGCAUCAGUGACUCACUUAAUUGUCGCACCUCUAAACAGACACUAUGGUCCUCUUUUCAACACCUUCUAGCGACCACGAAAGUGAGACUAAAAGACAUUUUAAAACGUAUCUUUUUAAAAAAGCUCAUAACUCCUUUUAGUUUUGUUAGAUGAUAAAUAUGUUUAAUGACCUCAGAAUUUUUUCAAUUUGUUUAUUCCUGUAUAUAGAUAUAGAAAUUUUUUUCUCUUUUCCCCCUUUCUUUCAGCUUUUUUAUGAUCUUAACGCAAAGCACCAUGGAAAUUUAGUGGAUUUGGCGAUGUCUAAAUACAUUUUCUAUCAUCAUUUAUAAUACAUGUACUUAUGACAUCGGGAAAAAAUACUCUAACUUUAGUGAGGUUCCUCUCUUCGAUUCAAGAACGAAGGAAAAGAAUGCUUGUCCUGGUAAAGGCCCUGCUUGGAAUCGAGAAUUCAUAAGAAUGACUUGUGAGAUUUUAAGAUAUGCGCCCUAAGUUUGUAGAGAUGAAAUAAAAAAAACUUGAAUAUAUGCUAUUCUAUUUUCAUUUUCGCUUUGCAUCCGUUCCUACAAUGGUUGGCCUCCGGGUUCAUGGAACAUUUGAGAAUGAAACUGGCGAGUUAUAAUUCAAAUUCUGCUUCUAUUUUCUUAUGUAAGAUAUCUCAAACUGGUAUUAGUCCUGCGAGCAUUCGCCCUUUUGAAUUUUAAAGUUUAAUUUGCUGCCCUUAACACUUGAUGGAAAACAAAACUUACAUUGAUUUCCGAGAAUACUUUGUCAUUCCGUCGUACUCAUAGGUUUUCCAUGGACUUCAUAAUGAUUUUCAUAUCCAGAACCAAAUGAUGCUCAGCAGAAAGUAAGGGAGGCAACAAGGUAAUUAGGUAUUAUCAACUGAGUUGAUAACCUAAAUUAGCCACCAUACUGAGGCUAAAGUUUACGAAUCGAGCGUUAGCCCGUAGUUACUCGCUCCGACCAUGGGCGAACGCUCUAAACGUCAGCUUUAAAACUCUUUACGGAUUCCAAUCUACGUUAUUAACUCAGUUGCUAAAACUAAAUUACCCUGUGAUACUCUCCCAUCCUCGCAGCACCAAAACUUUAGAAACGUCCCGCCUCUAAUAAAAGGAAGUUGGGUUUCUUCUUCAUAGAACACCUUAUGCAUAAACCUUUUGACUUAUUUGGAAAAUACCCACAGGAUAAAAAAAAAAAGAUAAGAAAGAUGGUUAGAUUUCGAGCCCGCUAAAGAAAUAAAGGAAGAAAUCUGACCUCAAAUCUUCGGACUCCGCCCCAAUGCUCUACAGCUAAGCCACGGAGACUGUGGUGGGCAAGGCCCACUCCGAAGUUCAUGCAUAAUACGCGUCCUGCAAACUGCUAAAAUCAGCAAUGUCGUUAACGUCAUGUUUUGUUAAUAGAAAAAGAAAGAUGGUAAGAUUUUGGGCUCGGUAAAGGAAUAAAGAAAGAUGUUUUUCAUCUUGUCUCGGGCGUGGGACGAAGAAAAAGUCUGAGCCCUCACGAGGAAUCGAACCUCAGACCUCCGGAUCCGUGUUCCGAUGCUCUACUACUUAGCCACAGAGACUCUGUAUGAUUAUAGACUUCUAUACUAUAUUAAAGUUCAUAUAUCGGACACCCGUCCUGCAUACUGCUACUAUCAGGGUAACAAAGGUCAACAAAUAGCGUAACAACAGGGUAAUUGUUUUCAUCAAGAGAAAGUAAUGGUCCCAUUAUUUCUUUUGCUUUUAUUUUUAAAUUCAAGUUUUACAGGAAAAGAAGUGGCCAAUAUUCGUGGGUCAUGUGUAACGAGUAAAUUGUCGCGACAAAUUUUCGCGAGUAAGUUCUCACGUGUGACAAAAAACCCUUGAAAAAGGGUCGUUCAGUUAGAAAAAAGCCGUGAGUAAAGGACAUUGUCGUAAUAAAAUCUGCUAUUAAUUUUAAACCUUGAAAUUCAAAAAAGGGAUGGGGGAGAGAGGAGUUAGCUGGGAAGAGCUGAGAAGAAGGCAAAGGGCAAACAUCAUUGAAGGCCUCUGGCCACGGUGAGGAUGGACUGAAUUAUGGUAAAAAGUAAUAUAGAUAGCAACACAAAAUUAACACCAGCACAUUUCUUUCUUUAAAACUUAAAGAGUAAUAAUUCGACAAAAACUUUUUCGCGAACUGAAGGACGAAAGGUCUUGAAUCCAAACUGUCCUCAACGAAAAUAAUGGGUUGGGCGGUGCACGAUUUUUCAUUCACUUUCCGUCAUUUAAUAUUCUUUAUUAUCCAGAUUAAUAACUCAAACAUUUAAAAAAUAAACGAAUGACAUUGUAGUACAACGUCUAUCACAUAUCAAUUUCAGGUAGUGCACGGUUGUCGUUCCCCGCUUCGCAUAUGUUGUGAUCAAAUCGUUUUCUUUGUUUUCAGAUAUGGUAGCGGAUCACAGAGCAGUUUCGAUAGCCCGUCUACAAUAUUGGAGAUCAUUACGCCACAUAAAUUUAAAACUGCCUUUUUUCGGUUUGAAUGUUUUUUUAAGGGCUUCGAGCACAUUUUCCACGAAAAAUGUCGAUCGCAGUUAUUAAUGUAACUUCAGAAACUGACCAAUUUCUGAAUAAUUGAACAGGAUUUCAUGUUUAUUAUUACCAAAGUUAGUAACAAAAUAAUUGUACGUCGAACAUUCAGACGCGAUAAAUCUUGCGAUGUGUUUAUCUUUUUUGCGCGGGAUGCAUUUUUUCAUCUUUCACAUUUUGAAAGUAUUUGGAUCAAAACGUCCAAUAGAACUUGAAGGUUUAAGUUUCUGUUAUCCUAAGAUAUGGAAUGAUAUUCCCUAAGAGACCUUAUUCCUUUUUUAUUGAGCACAGCGGAAAACAACUAUUUGUGUCAUUUGCGCUAAUUUCCACAUAGAACUGACAGCUGCUGAGAGCUUUGUUUGAUGUAUUUUCAUGAUAUGCUUUCCUUCAUAACAAUAGGUCGGUUUGGGCUGCUUAGUCCACUGCUGGGAGCUGGUGAUCGACUUAAAACUUUUAAGCACACGUGCGGGGUAGAAAUAGAAGACCGUAAUCUUGAAUUGAUUUAUUCAUUUAUGAGUGCAAUCUUAUUUCAUAUAUCACUUUCAUUCUCUUCGCUGACACAGAACGAAUAAAAGUUACAAAUAAAUUAAGUAAGGUAAACAGCCACGUUCAACCUCCACCCAUGACUGACACUCAUUUUUGUAAAAUUAAAGGGUAUCUAACGAAGAUUUUUAAGUGCAUCCUACUCAGAAAGUUGCAAAGAUGCAAAACACAAACAAACUCUCUUCUCUCAAUAACAUGCACGUAUUACACUGUUAAAUUAACUUCCAUUGUAGUUUAGCAAACGGAAUUUGAUGUCUUUUCAUCGAAAGGAGGUAGAUUUUUACCGCUCUCAACCAUCUCAGAUAAUUUUGUUUUACCUUAGAACAUUGCUGGAACAUGAAAGAGUAUUUUAUAAGUUCUAAAGAAAGUUAUUGACGCAAAAUUCUUUAAGGACUAGUUUAAAAUACUCUCUUCCAAAAUUUCACCAAAAACUUAAAGAACCAGUAUGGUUGGAUUAUUGGUAAAAUUUGCAUAAAUGUUGCGUACAACUUGUAAAGUUUCUCUAGUUUGAAAAUUUAUGGCGUUGCAACGUUCGCUCGUUUGCCAUUUAUCAAUAAUAACUUUGAUUGAGAAAGAUCCUUCUUAAUCUUUUUCGUCGAAUUUAAAUGCUAAGAUCAAAACUUUUUACAGAGGAAGAAAUAGUUUUUGCUGUGUUAUUUUUGGAAAGAACCUCAUUUGUACUCACAAAGGCUGGGUGUACAUAACAGGUGGCAUCUGUAAACAAUUAAAAAAAGAAAUGAUAACUUGACUACUCUUCAUCUGAGAUGUAUAACGUUCAACUUUCACAUUUACUGAUCUUCCGGGAAGGGUCGAUUUAUCACGUUUAUACUGAAUUUAUCAGUAAAAACAUUUUUAAUCUGCUGCGUGAUGUCAUUAAACAAUGGUACGCCUCAUUGCGUAUUAGCAUAAAUUACCUAGACUCGAGGGAAAACAAAACUAACUGCUUCCCUCGGGAACAUACAUUUAGUGUAGCAAUUGCAAUUUUUUUUUGUAACUUCUCCACUAUGAACUUUAAUGAUCAGUUUGCUUCCCUUAACAUUUGUUUGAAAAAAAAAAUUACAUUCCUUCCGCGAAUCCUUUGUCAUUCGCGUCAAGUACCUGCAGUUUUUAAAUGGACGUUAUAAUUAUUUAUACAUCCAGAUGUAGACGCUACUCAGAGGGAAGUGAUCGAAGUAGUUUGUUCGUUCAUAAAAGGCCUUAUGCAAAAACAGUUUUAGCAAAUUAUUUAGAAAAUAAUCCUUGAUAAACUCCUUUUUUAUAUUUUCUUUUUUAAGAUGGAUGAUUUGGUGCAAAGUGCGUUUACUUUUCUCAAUCCAAGGUUGUUUGUUGAAUUUACUUUUGUCAGUAAAUGCAUAUGGUGUUUAUAUAAUAAACAAAAAAAUAGAUGGUUCCCCGUAGAUAUGGAAUUUCCUUUUUCGUGUUCAACACUCACGAGUGAGUGCAGUGAACGAGAAGAGAAAUUAUCUACGCGCUCCCAUCCAUUGUGCUUCAUGAUUAAACGCCAGGGUACAUCUGGAAGACAAUAAUGGUUAAAGUGGGAAUAGUGGUAAUUAGACCUAAUAAAUUAUUAAAUUCCCCAUUAUCCCCAUAAACAUCCUUGUUAACCUUGAAGCUUAUCCGCAAUUAGAAGAAUGCAUAUACCAAAGAAGGCCUAACUAUCAGUGUGUUAAAGAUCUUGGAACUUCGAGAACAUGUGAGGACAUGUAAAUCAAGCAUCACUAACGUAAGAAAUUACCUAAAGCUUGAUCAUGAAACUCAAACCACUUUCUUACUUAGAUAUAAAAGUAAAUAUGUUCAUAACUAAACUCAGGGUCAGGAAACAAAGCAAAGAAUACUUGGAGAAUCUCGCACAAUCAUCGAUCAAGCUUGAACUUGUCGGGGAAAAGGAAUUUAACUUAUUUCUGAUAAACGAUCACCACCACGACCGUUGUGCAUCAUAGAAUUGAUAAAUAAUAUCGGAAAAUAAUGAUUCGAAGUUUUCUUUUGAUAUUAGUUAACUUAUCAUUAUUUUAACGAAACUUGGCUGAGAUUAGGAAUGCCCCACUUUAUUUCAUAAUCCCUCUCAAGAAUUGGAAAGUAAAGAAUCCAAAAAGAGCACUAUUCACAGACGCAAUUUUUGAUCACAGACAAUAUCGAAAACAGGGAAAACAGGUUGUCAUAGCCCUCUCAGAUAUGUUUACACCAAGAGAGGAUGCGUCUGUUAUAGACACGAUAUGCAAAAAGGCGGUCGUCAGAUUCCAAGAGAAUAAAGGGAGUUUUAAGUAGUUUAAGAACACCUGGUGGAGGGAGAUAUCCACACGCUAAAUUUUUAUAAUAUUGUGCUAAGGACUGAUUUCGGUGUCUGAUACGUAUGUUAACAUGUAAAGAUAAAUAAUUAUUCUUAAGAGACCCAAUUCUCUUGAUCGAGCGAAGCGGAUAACAUCCAUUUGCGUCAUUUGCUUUAAUUUCCACAUAGAACUGACAGCUGCAAGCUUUUUUCUUUAAUUUAUUUUCAUAAAACGGUUGCGUUCACAAAAAAAGGUCGAUUUUGGAAGUUUAAUCCACUGACGAGGGCUGGUGAUCAACUUAAACUUAUGCCAUGCAUGCGGGGUAGAAACAGAAAACCGUUACCUCGAAGCAGGCACAGAAUUUGUUUAAUUUUUCAUGAUCGUAGCCUAGAAUGCAUUAUUGAAUUAUAGAAAAGGUGAGUCGCAAACGGCGAAGAAAGUUUUAUCCUUCGAUUCACGGAUGAGAGCAACCUUAUUUAUAUUUCUCCUCCUUGCUGAUACAAAAAGAGUUUAGGUAACAGCAAAGACUAAGUCAAAAACCGACAAGAUGGCUUGUCUUAAUGAAAAUUAGCAUAAAUUUCCUCUUUUUAUGAUCAUCGGUCUAAAUAACCAAAGACGAUCAUGUAAACUAUGAAUAUGAAGCUUUGAAUUUUCAAGGACCUGUAUAAUGAAGAAAGCGAAAAAAGGUUUAUAGAGGAAAAUGAAUAUCUUUUUCAUGACUUAGCGAUCAUAAAAAAAAAAAGAUCUGCGGAUAGCUUUUAUUAACGGCUUUUGCUGUCUUCCUUAAAAUAAUAUAGUUCAGGAGAACAAAACACACGAAAAUGCUUUCUAGAAACCUUGUGUCUUCAGAAAAGACAAGUGUUCAUCGAUGCUACCAAAUUUUGUUCUCGUUUCAUUGUUGUUUUUAACGUUUUUUGAGAGGAGGGGGGAUGGCCUUAUUAUGCUAAAAAUCAGGAAUUUAAGACAUAACAGCGGUAACAGCGACAUAAAAAAAAACGAAAUAAAACAAUUAAAACAUUAGUUGAACUUGUCUUUUCCCCAAGCAUUUUAUGUGUUAACCUUCUUUAUCGAAAUUGAUGUCUCAGCUGAAAUAAUGAGGAAAUCUCUGAGCACGGAAUUGAAACAUUUGAAAAUUGUCCUAAAUACCUAUGUUCUCAGAAAGGCUAAGCCACCCUACGUGCCACACGGCAUAAUGGGCAUGAAUGAGUGAGUGAGUCAGAUUGGCAAAAAUCCGCAAAUGAUGGUAGUAUUAAUUUUUCUCCAUGUUCCCGUAUUCUCCUCAGUGGGCUGGUUAAGUUACAUGAAACAUAUAAGUUUUCUUUUUUCUUCUUUUUUUUUUUUUUUUUCUAUUAUUUGUUUACAAGACAGCACGGUAAAAGUAAAGUUAUAAGGAGAAAAAAACCAUAGACACCGUUUCUUCAUAAAUUCCUGUUCUUAAGAAGACCGUAGAAAAUGAAAUGGAGGCAAUGCAUAAUUCAAGGCACGAAUAAAAUUUAGUGAAUUUUUUUCCGCCUUGAUUUUCUACAAGCCUGCUACUUGAUGUUGUUACAUGAUUUUAAGAACCUCAAUGCUGCAAUGUUUCCGUGAUGGCUAAAAGGUUCCAUGGAUUCUGUUUUCGAUUAUAAAACGACGAAUGUAAUGCUAUUUUUGCGUGGCUUUGAGGAGUUAUCAAUGAGUGGUUUUCCUUUAGCGGAAGUAGUAUUGCUAUGACAGUCAGUGUUUAACUUCCCGAACUGAUUAUUUCAUGAAUGCUUGAUUAAAAACCAGGCAAAUCAUAAUUUAUCCUUUGAUGAGUGUAAGAUGCAAGGUUCAGGAUGAAGACUUAAACAUACACGAUGCUUCGCAAAGGAAAUCUUACAAGUUUCACCACAAUAUUCUGUAUUUCUAAGAUCUGCAUUUCCUUGCUCGUUAAUUCCAUAUUCUACAUAUGCACGUACUUACUUCGCUUCAAAGCGCCAAUGAAACACUUUUAAUGAAAGAUGGAUCGUAAUCGCUGUAAAAUAAGUCCACAUGAACUUUAUUCGAACAGUUUGGUCCAUACAUAACUGCAAAAAUAGCACGAUUUAAUUUAUCGCCUGCCUAAAUAAAGUAUUUUCAGUUUUGUUGAAAACGCGAAUGAGACCAGUCGACAGUUAAAUAACAAUUAUCUGAUAACAACUCGUAUGGUAAACAGGGCCUUAAGAGCGACGCUAAAUGAGUUCCCUGAAAAAUGCGGACGCUUUAGCUGAGGCAAACCCCAUGUCCUGAAAGCUGUCACAAUUCUUUGCUGUAACAUUUUCUUGAAUUAAUGCACAGUUCUUCAGAUAUAAAACAAAAAUGUAACGACUGCUUUAAGUUCUAAAGAUUGUUUGAGAGUUUUCAAUUUCAGAAAAUAAACCAUUCGUGUAUUGAGACUACUAAAGUUGCAAUUUAAACAACAGAGGCUUUAGGAAUAGAAAUGUGGAUCGCACGAUUUUUCCAACGUUUUUUUUCUUUAAUUAUAAUGAAGUUCGAAAUUACUGAGCUAUUUUUCAGUGGCAUAUCACACCUACUGAGAACUUAAACAAUUUUAAGCGUAAUUUGAAAAUUCGAGAACCUUCCACCGAAGAAUUAGGCAACCUGGUAAAAUAUAUGAGAUAUAAUUUAUUAAUGAGGUCAUUUGGUGUCUUAUAGAAAGACAUAAACAGCUUCUGGUAUCUGCCUUUUCUGUCAUCUUGAACAAAACAUUUGCUAUGUUAAAUAAAGGGGAAAAUGUAUUGUUUAUUCUGGUAAAGUGCGCCUAAACUAUGUCCUAAAACUACUACAGAAUGCGUGAAGCCGGCUAAAUGUUUCAUCCUGCACAAACUUAAUUGUCGAGAUGAUUUUACCAUGCGGACGGAAAACGUGCUUUUUGUCUAACUUGUGGUGAAGAACCCCUAGGAAGAAGAGCGAACGAUUUUACAUGAAUAGGAACUUUUAAAAUAAUUUCGAGUCGUUUUUUACGUGUUGAUUUAACGUUGCAUGAGACAAGACAGUGGACAAUUCAAUAAACUACGAGUAAUAUUAAAAGAACGGAAGCAAAUUUCGAGAAACUGUAUAUGACGAAAAAAAAAAUAGUCAUUUUGCGGCGCCUAUAAUUUAUUUGAACUACACUGUCGACGACUUAUUAAAAACUGUCUAGGUAAAAAUAUUUAGCGAUUAAUUCUAAGUAUUCGGCAUAUCAAGGAAAAAUUUAUAUCGCAUCAUGUUUAAUCUGUUUGUCCUUACUGUCAACUUGAAUUUGUAUUGUAGCUCUGAAGCCCUUGAGAUUCGAGCAAAUCAUUUGUAUUGCAUGUGCUUAACGUCCGUGAGUUAUGCUCACUGUGGCUUUCGCGCAAAAAUAGAGCCGUGCAAACUUUGAUAGAGAAAUUCCAACACGAAUCGUCAGCAUUUGCCGAAAGACUUUCUCGAGGCCAGAGCAAGUUGCUUUUCAAACUAAAAUUACACGACAGGUUGAUUAAAGUCCAUUCCUAAUUAGAGAACUAACUUUCAAAACCACAAACAAGUGCAACAUUUAUUAAGGCAAAAAGAAAAAAAAAUACAGGUUUCCCUGCCCGUUAAAAUCUACCCAGUCCCUACUUAUUUUAGAGAAGUUCCAUACACUGUAAGUGGGACCCUUUUGAUUGAUGCAAACAUAGGAGUGUUAUUGUAUGUUUAGAGCUUUUGUGAAUAGCUUAUGCAACAGAAAGCUUAACGUUUCGCGAGGCUGGCAAUAUUUCCUUGUCCAAGACAUCCUUUCCGUAUUAGUUUUCAUUAGCGAUCCUUUAUUAUCACACGGUGGAGUUUCCAUAGUUAAACACCAGAUCAUUUGAGAACUUGAAGGAAAUCUUCUUAAACAUCGUUUAAAAGCUAAUUUAGACCGAAUAUGAUGUUUCAUAAUGAUAAUUUGUCAACGUUACCAGCUGAAAAUUACGCUUAUUGCAAAAUUUAUAAGUAUAGUAUAUCAAAAGUAUAUAAGUAUAUCAAAAGAAAAAGACUGGCUUCACUCUCAAACAAGGUUAUGGUGCGAUUUUGAAAGCAAACUAACUCAAGGUCUUUUAAACAAAGACAGAUUAUCACUACCCGGGGUUUACUAGCUGAGCCUUUAAAUGUUUAUCUCUAUGCAACACGAAAGCUCUGGUAAACAAUAUGUUGCUCUGUUUACCACAAAAAAUUACCAAAAGCUCGCUGAAGUUUCAACUCCGUCCAAAAUGUUUGAUGUAUUAGAAAGGAUUAUUCAUCGGAUAUAGUUUGGAAACUUUAUGUUUGAAUCUUUCUUGCCCUUUUGGUUAUUGGACUUAGUAGAUAAAUAAAGUGUUUCAACAAUCAUCAGGAUUUUUGUUUUAUAUAAGAUGAGGAUAAGCAGAAGCUUUGUAAAUGUUAAUUAGCCAACUUUUCAAAGAUCGUAUUUUUUUCUCGCUCAAUAAGAAUAUAUUAUUUCUUCUGAAGUUUUUUGUCGAGGUCGAGCCGUUGUCACUUCAUAUCUAAAACCAACAUUUCUGAAUGGACAUUCGUUUUUCUAUGGGCAGUUUAAGAACACAUAGUGGAGGUAGAUAUCCGCGCUAAAAAGAGCUUUGUAUUACGAUUGAUUAUCAACUCUUUCAGACAAUUUUAGGAGCGAAGUUUGAUGAAAAUAACACGUCUGUGUAUUUUAACUCCAAACACUGACAAAUGACAGCGGACUUAAACGGGAACAUGACUUUUCUUUCGAUUAAAUGUCUAUUAUUAGCAAACUUGCCAUACGACAAAUAUUAAAAGCGUGAUAAGUUUUCCAAGGUGUUUAUCUUUCGAUAGGAAUGAAUAAAAUUUCAUCUGUCAAAUUUAAUUAAAAAGUCCAAGAGAAUUUUAAGUCUAAAUAUCUGCUUUUCCUGGGGGGUUUUUGCCGUCAAUUAGACGUUCUAAAGAAAUAGAUCGAAAUUUUUACAAUGUUGUUCUAAGGACUAAUUUCAAUGUCUAAUAAGUAUGUUAACUUGUAAAGAUAUUCCUGUGAGACCCACUUCUCUCCAUCGAGGGAAGCGGGUAACAUCUAUCUGCGACAUUUCUAUUACUUUCCACAUAGACUUGAUAGCCCCAAGAAUUUGAAUUGUUUUUUAUGUUUUGAUUGACUUUCAUAGUAUGGUUUCUUUGAUAAAAACAGGUCAAUUUUGGAAGCUUAAUCCACUGCUAGGAGCUUGUGAUCAACUUAAAACUUGCGCCAUACGCGUGGGGUAGAAACAGAAAACCGUUACCUUGAAGCAGGCAUGGAGUUUGUUUCAUUUUUCAUGUUCAUAGCCUGGAAUGCAUUAUUGACUAACUUGACUUUUGGAAAAGGUGAGUCGCAGACGGCGAAUAAUUUUUUAUCCUUCGAUUCACUUAUGAGUACAACCUUAUUUAUAUGUCUCCUUUAUUUCUUUUGCUGAUACAAAAAGAGUUAAAGUUACAACAACUAGCAAAGAUUAAGUCAAAAAUCCACAUUCAGCAUCCAGCCAUGAUUUGAACUCAUAUUUAAAAAAUUAAAGAGUAUUUAAUAAAAUUUUUAAUUGUUUCUUAUUCAGAAAAUUGUAUAUUAGAUGCAACGAAAAAAAAACGUCGGUAAAUUCGAGAGACUUCAUUGAAAAUGGUUACAUUCCCAUCUCUCCUCUCUCAAUAACAUUUAAGCAUGACACUAUGUUAUGUUCAAUUUCCCUGUGUUGUAUUAGGCGGGAAUUUGAUCUCUCUGCAUCGUACGGAAGCACAUUUUUAUCGCACUUAACCAUCUCAGAGAAAUUAUUUUUACAAGAGAACAGUGCUGACAUAUGGUAAAGAAUAGUUACAUUGUUUUGUUGCAUAUUCGUCCAUAAACAUAGCUUAUCUAUUAAAAGUUAAAAUUUGGUAUUGCGCAAGUCUCAGAGAAAGUUAUUAGCACAAACAUGUUGAAUGAUUAGUUUUAAGGUACUCACCUCAGUAGCAGGCGACAUCUGUCGACCGUAAAAUUGCCGAUUAUUUCGAUAUUUCUGGUUUGGGAAAUAUAGUGUUUGACUUUUUAAAGUUUACUAUUUCUUGAAAAAGUCGAAUUUUCUAAUGUAUACUGAAUUUAUUGAUAGAAAUAUCUUGAACCCAUAUAUGAAUCUUCUGCGUGAUGCCAGACGAAGAUGGCUUUGUCUCAAUUGAAAUUAGUAUAAAUUUUCUCUUUCUAUGAUAAUCGGUCUAAAUAACCAAAGGCGAUCGUGUAAACUCAAGUAAGAAAAAUCGGAAUUCUCAAGGACCUGUAAAAUGAAGAAAGAAAAAAAGGUUUAUUAAGAAAAAUGAAUUUUUUUUAUGACUUAUCGAUCAUGAAAUAGAAAAGGAACUUGAGAAAAAAUUUGCGUAUGGCUUUUAUUAAUGGCUUUUGUUUUAUCUCCCUAAAACAAUAUCGCUCAGGAGAAACAAAACACACGAAAAUGCUCUCUAACCUUGUGCCUUCACAAAAGGCAAGUGAUACUCGAUGCUGCCAAUUUUGUUCUUGUUUUUUUUUUCCGUUUUUGGGAGGGAGAUGGCUAGAGCUAUUUAUCUAGGACCCGUAUUACACAUAAAGUUAGGAAUUUAAAAUAUAACAGCGGUAACAACGACAUCAACAAAACAAUUAAAAACUUUACUCAAAUUUGUCUUUUCCCAGGCAUUUUAUGUGUUAACCUCCUUUAUCUCAGCUGAAAUCAGGAGGAAAUCUCUGAGCACGGAAUUGAGACAUGGAAAAUUAUCCUAAAUACCUAUCUUCUCAGAUAGGCAAAAAUCCGCAAAUGAAGGCAGUGUUAAUUUUUCUCCAUUUUCCCGUAAUCUCCUCGGUGGGCCGUUAAGUUACGCGGAACCUGCAAUUUCUCUUUUUUUCAUUUAUUUUGUUACAAGACAGCACACCAAAAGUAGAGUUAUAAGGAAAAAAAGGAUCUAGCAACCGUUUCCUUAUAGACUCCUGUCCUUAAGAAGAUCGUAGAAAAUGAAAUAGAGGCAACUUAUAAUUCAAGGUACGAAUAAAAUUUAUUGGAUGUCUUACCACCUUGAAGCUAUACGAGCCUGCUGCUUAAUGUUCCUAUAUGAUUUUAAAACCUAAAUGCUGUAAUGUUCCCGUGAUGGCUAAAAGAUUCCAAGGAUUCUGUUGUCGAUUAUAAAACGACGAUGUAAUGCCAGUUUCUGAGUGGCCUUGAGUUGUUUUCCUUCAACGGAAGCAGUAUUGCAUGGUAGUCAGCGUUUAACUUCCCGAACUGAUUAUUUCAUGAAUGCUUAAGUUCCUGAAAAUGCAAGCCUCUUAACUUAGGCAAAACCCAUGUCUUGAAAGCUGUCUUUGAAACAAUUUCACUAUUCUUUACUGGAACGUUUUCUUAAAUUUAUGUACAGUUCUUCGCCUCAGAUACAAAACAAAUAUGUAACGACUGUUGAAAAAUGUUCGUCCGUGCAUAAGUUCUAAAGAUUGUUUGAGAGUUUUCAAUUUCAGAAAUUGAACCAUUCGUGCAUCGAGACUAAUACAAUUGCAAAUUUAAACAAUAGAGACUUGAGGACUAGAAAUGUGUAUCACACAAUUUUUCUAACGUUUUAUUUCUUUAAUUAAAUUGAAGUUCAAAAUUAUUGAGCUAUUUUUCCUUGGCAUAUCACACCUUAUGAGAACUUAAACAAUUAUAAGCGUAACUUGAAAAUUCGAGCAACUUCCACCGAAGAACUAGGCAAGCUGGAAAAAUAUAUGGGAUAAUUUAUUAAAGACGUCAUUUUGUGUCCCAUAAAAGACAUAAAAGCUUCUGUUAUCUGCCUUGACAUUUCUUGAGGCUGGCAAUAAUUCCUUGUCAAAGACAUUCUUUUCUUAUUAGUUUUCAUUAGCGAUCCUUUAUUAGCACACGGUGGAGUUUCCUUAGGUACACACUGGAUUAUUUGAGAACUUGAAGGAAAUCUUCUUAAACAAAGUUUAAAAGUUACUUUAGACCGAAUAUGAUGUUUCAUAAUGAUAACUUGUCAACGUUAUCAGCUGAAAAUUACGCUUAUUGCAAAAUUUGAGAUCGUGAUGAUAAUUGCGUAAUUGUUGCCAUGGUUUAGUGGCGUUGUAGAGGGAACAAGGAAGUUCUUAUGUAAAGUUAAUAAUCGUUUUGGCUUGAAACCAGGUGUUUCUAUGGUAACCAUAACUACCACAUUGUUUUAAAGAAAGCACUUUUAACUCAAAAGCAGUAAGGGACCAAAGAGGUUUGCGCCUUGGGAGGUAAGAGUUGAUCAUAUCGAAAAUACAGAUGGAUAAUUUGAGUAAUACUUUUCCUGGAAAACUCAUACAAAGAAUAUUUACCCGCGGCUCCUUUAAUUAUGUAUAUAAAUAAGGGUAUGGUACAAUUUUGAAAGGAAAUUGACCUAGGGUUUUUUUCAACGAAAGCAGAUUAUCAGUACUCGGAGUUUACUGACCCAAUCUUUUAAAUGUUUAUUUCUAUGUAACACGAAAGCUUUGGUAAACAAUAUGUUGAUCUGUUUACCUCAAAAUUACCGAUGGGUCGCUAAAGUUUCAACCCCGUCCAAAAUGCUGAAUAAGUGAGAAAGAAUUAUUGAUCGGAUAUAGUUUGGAAGCUUUAUGGUUGAAUCUUCCCAGCCUCUUUUGGUCAUUAAACUUUGUAGAUAAAUAAAGGGUUUAAAUGAUCGUAGGGAUUUUGGUUUCAAAAAAAAGAGGAUAAUCAGCAGCUUUUUUAAAUGUAAAUUAGCCAACAAAUGAAAGAUCGUAUUUUUUCUCGCUUAAUAAGAAUAUAUCAUCUCUUCUGAAGUUCCUGUCGAGGUCGAGUCGUCAUCACUUCACAUCUACAACCGAAAUUUCUCAAUGAUUACUUUUAAUCCUUGUACAUUUGUUCUUCUAUGGGCAGUUUAAGAACAUCUAAUAGAGGGAGAUAUCCGCGCGCUAGAAAGCUUUGUAUUAGGGUUGAUUAUUAAUUCUCUCAGUUGAUAUAAGGAGCGAAGUUUGAUGAGAAUAACAUGUCUGAGUAUUUUUACUCCAAAAAAUGACAAAUUUAAGCGGACUUGAAUCGGGUACGUGACUUUUCUGUUAAUUAAAUGUCUAUUAUUACAAAAGUUGCUAUACGUCAAAUAUUAAAAAUACAAUAUACAAUGUAUCUUUUAGUGGAAAUGAAUGAAAAAUAUGCAAGACAAAUAUGCUGAAAAAUAUGCUUGAUCUUUUAAAUUUUGAAAGUUUUUUUUUUAUCAAAAAGUCUAAAAGAACUUAACGUCUCAGUAUCUGCUUUUCCCGGGGCUUUUCGCCGUCAAUUAGACCUUAAAGAAAUUGAUCAAAAUUUUUACAACGUUGUUCUGGGGACUAAUUUCGCUGUCUAAUACGUAUGUUAACAUUGAAAGAUAUUCCUUAGAGAUCAAUUCUCUCCAUCGAGCGAAGCGGAUAACACCCUAUUACGUCAUUUGCAUUAAUGUCCACUUAGAACUAACAGCUACAGGCCUUUUUAAAAAUUUGUUUUUAUAAUACGGUUUCGUCCAUAACGACGGGUCGACUUGAAAGCUUAAUCCAGUGCUGGGAGAUGGCUAUUAACUUAAAACUUGUGCCAUACGCGCGUGAUAGAAACAGAAAACCGUUACCUUGAAGAAGGCAUAGAAUUUGUUUCAUUUUUCAUGUUCAUAACUUGGAAUGUAUUAUUGACCAACUUGACUUUUGGAAAAGGUGAGUCGCAGACGGAGAAUCAUUCUUUAUCCUUCAAUUCACUUAUGAGCACAACCUUAUUUAUAUAUCUCCUUUAUUCUCUUUUACUGAUGCAAAAAAAGUUAAAGUUACAACAAUUAGCAAAGACUAAGUCAAAACCGACAUUCAACAUCCACCCAUGAUUGGAACUCGUUUUUGAAAAAUUAAAAUUAAACAAAAUGUUUUAUCGUUUCUUAUUCAGAAAGAUUAGAUGCAAAACGACAAAAACGACAAAAACUUUGCAAAUACAAAUUACUUCAUUUUACAAUGAAUGUACAACAUUGUACAGAACAGUGCUGACAUAUGGUAAAGAAUAGCUACAUUGUUUUGUUGGAUAUUCGUCCAUGAACGUAGCUUAUCUAUCAAAAGUUAAAAUCGGGUACUGUGCAUGUGUCAGAGAAAGUUAUUAGCAAUAAUAAAUUUAAGGAUUAGUUUAAAGGUUCUCACCUCAAAAACAGGUGGCAUGGCUACCGUUAAAUUGUAGGUACUUUCGAUAUUUCUGUUUGAGAAAUAGAGUGCUUGACUUUUUUCAUUUGAAUCCGAAUUUCCCAAUGUAUAUAUCGAUAGAAACAUCUUGAACCCGUAUAUGAAUCUCCUGCGUGAUGCCCGAUAACAAUGUCUUAAUGGAAAUUAGCAUAAUUUUCCUCUUAAUCGGUCUAAAUAACCAAUGGCGAUCGUUUAAACUCGUGUAAGAAACUCUGAAUUUUCAAUAACCUUUACAAUGAAGAAAGCAAAAGAAGGUUUAUAUCGAUCAUGAAUUAGAGAAGGAACUUGAGAAAAAUUUGGGGAUAGCUUUUAGUAACGGCUUUUGUUCUAUCUCCGCUAAAUGAUAUCGUUCAGGGGAAACAAGAAGACACGAAAUGUUUUAUAAACAUCCUUACUUCACAAGUGGUGAUCGUCGGCUGCUGCUCAUUUUUGUUUUCGUUUUACUGUUGUUUUAAACUUUGGGAGGGAGGGAGAGCUGGGGUUAAUUAUCUUGUGCCCUAUUAUACAAAAUAUUCAUAGUUAUGAUAAAUUACAGCAACAGUAAAAGAUUGACGGAUCGCUUUUUCUUACGGAUUUUGUCCCCUAAAAUAAUAUCGCUCCGGAAAAAGAGAGACUGAACCUUCUCUCUAAAAGCCUUGUGUCUUCACAAAAGACAAGUGAUGGUCGCUACUACCAAUUUUUCUUUUCGUUUCACUUUUGUUUUGAAAGUUUUUUUCAGUGGGGAAGGGGCUGGGUGUAAUUAUCUAAUGCCCCAAAAACUUUACUCAAAUUUGUCUUUUCCGCAAGAAUUUUAUGUGUUAUCCUACUUUAUCGAAAUAGAAGUCUCCGCUGAAAUCAUGAGGAAAUCUCUGAUCGCGGAAUUGAGACAUGGAAAAUUGUCCUAGAUACUUAUGUUCUCAGAAAGACAAAAGUCUGCAAAUGAAGGUAGUAUCAAAUUUUCCCCGUUUUCCGUAGUAAUGGUUUAAUUGAGAUCACAGUUCUUUGUUCAUCGAGCGUGUUAUUUUGCACGCGUAAUAACUGGAAUCGUGAGUUUAUUUCUCUAUGAUAAGAAAAAAUUGUUUUCUAAUUAUAUUUUAAUUGCUUUUAUUUCAGAGCGGGAUCGCACAAUGCUGUUUCAGAUUACUUCUUCUUUGCUGAAAAACGUUUGAAAAACCAUGAAAUCGAAACCAAAUAUGUCAGAGACUUGGAUCAAUGUGAGCUUUUCUGCUACAUGAACGACAACUGCGUCAGUGCUAACUUCAAAAAAGAGCCAGAUACAAGAGUAAUGGCUCAUGUUUGUGAACUGAAUAACGCCACUCAUCUUGACCAUGAUACUGACCUGAUAACUGAUGCUGAUUUUUUAUUAUCGAGGCUCAAAGGUAAAAUAUAAAGCAUACCUCAAAUUCAGCAACUCGGUGAUGAAUCAUGGAGAACAAACGACGUUCAACAAAACUUAAGUUCAUUCAUUCAUGUAUCAAUCAUUCAAUACAUUGAUCUUCUUUAUUUUUUUUUUUUUUUUUUUUCUUUUCAGAACGCGUGCGGUAAAAACCCACCUUGUCAAAAUAAUGCAACUUGUCAGUCCGGUUUCACAAACAAGGGAUAUCGAUGCUCGUGCCCCCCUGGAUUCGAAGGAGAACAUUGCGAAAAAGGUUAAUUACAGAAUAGACCGAUAAGAACAAAAUAUUUCCUGGAGUAUUUAAACCCCCAUAUUUAUAUAUCACGUUUGGUCGUCGAGUGCGUAUCUUAACGGAAGACUACCAAGGCUGAUCUUUGACGACUGAUAUCCGGCUACAAUUUGAAAUGGUGUCUAAAGAGAGAUUCCGCUGCAGUGAAAGUUUUGGGUCAGACUAAAUUAAAAAUUAAUUUGACACAAUGAUAACAGACUAAAUGCUUUUUGACCGCAUAAGAGUUUUAAAAAGCGAAUGUAUAUCUCACUCGUGUAACUACUACCGUUCUAGAAUUUUUCUUUUCUUUACAAUAUUUUAGAUAUUGAUGAAUGCCAAAAAAUACUCACGAUUGUCACCUGAACGCUACUUGUCAAAACACAAAUGGAUCCUUUGUGUGCACCUGUUUAUUUGGAUUUAACGGAGAUGGACGGAACUGCACAGGUAAAGGCCUUUAGAUUGUACGUAAUUGUCUCGUUAUGACUUUGAGAAAUGUUAAUUUGCUUGUAGUUGUUUGUUUAAUUUGUACGUUCAGUCUUGGUUGAUUUGUUUGUUUGUUUUGAUAAAGCAGUUACCCUUGCCUGAACAUUUUUGACCAAUGGCAGAAAAUGAAAAUCCUCAAUCACAAUUAAACGCAAGGGAACAAAAUGCUGAACAUCUUCGUUGACCAGCUUUCUCUUUAAUAAAACAUAGCGACCAACAACUCUCUAACGACAACUAUCGCACUCAAUGUUCAAAAUAAGGUUUAUACAAGAAUCAUACUCCAAGAAUCGUGAUUGAAAGCCUUUCAUUUCUCAGAUAUUGACGAAUGUGCAAGAAAUCUUCCUUGUCAUGUGAAUGCUAACUGUACCAACACCAUUGGAUCACAUGUAUGUACAUGCCACACUGGAUACACGGGAGAUGGAAAAUCUUGCUGG